AUGCAGCAGCAAGGUUCACUACAGUAUUGGAUUCUCGUGUCUUCAACAGACGCCUUGCGGUCUUUUGUUGCAGAUGGGGUGAAGCUUCAUGCAUUAGCGAAUGAUGAACGGUACCUGGAUAUAAAGCAGCAACGCAAUCUUGUGUUAGUUUAUAGGGAGUUUGCCAUAUUAAUGUACUUUUCCUGGCAUGAAUAUUUUACGGGUGUUGCGGCUUUCUUCAGAGGCGGGGCACAAAGGAUCAAAAGCAGGAAGGUUUGGUUGUCCGGUGGCGUUAAGAGGGUUAUGAAUAUGAUAGGAUGCCACGGUUAG